UGUCUUUCGAAACAACCAUCAUGGCUUCGGUGUGCACAGCCUCCCGUGUCCUCGGGAAAAAGGUGUUGUCAUCAAAAGCGCUUCCGGCAGUAUGCCAGGGCAAAUCAAGAAAGUUCCAUUUCAACAUCAAUGGGCAAAGGGACACUGCUAAAGUUUCAGCAGGGAUCUCCACACAGUACCCGGUGGUGGAUCAUGACUUUGACGCAGUGGUGGUGGGGGCAGGCGGAGCUGGUCUGCGCGCCGCCUUCGGCCUAUCAGAGGCCGGCUUCAACACGGCCUGCAUCACAAAGCUCUUCCCCACCAGGUCUCACACCGUGGCCGCACAGGGAGGAAUCAACGCUGCACUCGGGAACAUGGAGGGUGAUGAUUGGAGGUGGCAUUUUUAUGACACUGUAAAGGGAUCCGAUUGGCUGGGUGACCAGGACGCCAUCCACUACAUGACGGAGCAGGCCCCGGCUGCUGUGGUAGAGCUGGAGAACUUUGGAAUGCCCUUCAGCCGCACGGAGGACGGUAAGAUCUACCAGCGUGCGUUUGGAGGCCAGAGUCUGAAGUUUGGCAAGGGAGGCCAGGCCCACAGAUGCUGCUGCGUGGCCGACAGGACGGGCCACUCCCUCCUGCACACGUUAUACGGACGGUCUCUGCGGUACGACACCAGCUACUUUGUGGAGUACUUUGCCCUGGACCUGCUGAUGGAGGAUGGGGAGUGUAGAGGGGUGAUCGCCCUGUGCAUGGAGGACGGCUCCAUCCACCGCUUCAGGUCCAAGAACACAGUCAUCGCCACCGGCGGUUAUGGUCGCGCCUACUUCAGCUGCACUUCCGCCCACACCAGCACUGGAGACGGCAACGCCAUGGUAACGCGUGCAGGCCUGCCCUGCCAGGACCUGGAGUUCGUGCAGUUCCACCCCACAGGUAUCUAUGGCGCCGGCUGUCUCAUCACAGAGGGUUGCCGUGGCGAGGGCGGAAUCCUCAUCAACAGCGAGGGCGAGCGCUUUAUGGAGCGUUACGCGCCCAACGCCAAGGACCUGGCCUCUCGAGAUGUGGUGUCCCGAUCCAUGACCAUCGAGAUCCGUGAAGGAAGGGGUGUGGGUCCAGAAAAGGACCAUGUGUACCUGCAGCUGCACCACCUGCCCCCGCAGCAGCUUGCGACGCGUCUGCCCGGCAUCUCCGAGACCGCUAUGAUCUUUGCCGGCGUGGACGUCACCAAGGAGCCCAUCCCCGUGCUGCCCACCGUCCACUACAACAUGGGUGGCAUCCCCACCAACUUCAAGGGACAGGUGAUCACCUACAAAGACGGCCAGGAUCAUGUGGUGCCCGGCCUGUACGCCUGCGGAGAGUCCGGCUGCGCAUCCGUCCACGGCGCCAACCGUCUGGGUGCCAACUCCCUCUUGGAUCUGGUGGUGUUUGGUCGCGCCUGCGCCCUCACCAUUGCUGACAUCUGCACUCCAGGUGAGAAGCUGCCACCACUGAAGGCCAAUGCUGGAGAGGAGUCCGUAGCAAACCUGGACAAGAUCAGAUUCGCCAACGGAGAUAUCAGGACCUCGGAGAUCAGGCUCAAGAUGCAGAAGACCAUGCAGACCCACGCCGCCGUGUUCCGCACCGGGGAGGUGCUGAAGGAGGGGUGCGAGAAGAUGGACGAAAUCUACCAGACUCUCAAUCACAUCAAGACCUUUGACAGAGGCAUCGUGUGGAAUACUGACCUGGUGGAGACGCUGGAGCUGCAGAACCUGAUGGUGAACGCCGUGCAGACCAUCGUGUCAGCAGAGGCCCGCAAGGAGAGCAGAGGGGCCCACGCCAGGGAGGACUUUAAGGACCGUGUGGAUGAGUUUGACUACUCCAAGCCUCUGCAGGGUCAGGAGAAGGUGCCCUACGAGAAGCACUGGAGGAAGCACACACUCUCCAACGUGGACAUAGCCACUGGCAAGGUGUCUCUGGAGUACAGACCUGUUAUCGACGACACAUUGAACAUGGAGGACUGUGCUGCCAUUCCCCCAGCCAUCCGCUCCUACUAAUCACACUCGCACACUCUCUCUCUCUCUCUCUCUCUAUCUCUCUGUCUCUCCCUCUCCCUCUCUCUCUGUCUUGAACUUCUCAAUUACCAUCUCUUUGGUUUUUAUUUUUUAAAGAAAAAGGAAGAUCUCUGUUCUGCAGCAGCUACCAUGGACUUGAAUCUGCACGCUGUUCAUUCAGCACAACACAUAAGAAUCGAUUAAAGAAACUAUUUAAUCAACAUACGACCUUCAGCCAAUCAACAGUGUGGAUUGUUUUGUGCUUACUGUAUAUCUAUACUGAAUUUUACUGUACCAUGUUGCAGAAAAGAGUGAUUAGUGACAUCAUAAAUCGCCUUUGCUUAUGUUCUUUGAAGCAAAUAAAUGAAAUAUUUAAUAUUUAAAUAUUGAGUAAUUCUUUAGGUUAACGUUUUAUGAGGCAACAAACUUCUGUAUCAGCAUGUUAUGCAAUGGGGAAGCGCUCCUCCAGGCUUAUCACAUUGUUUAACUCUAUUGGUCUUAACUCUCGUGGCCUUCCAUUUACAAUGGUCUCACACACACUCAGUAUGUUAAGUUCUUUAUUAUAAAAAUUGCAUGUUGGAUUGUUUUUGUAGGCUUUAUUUAAGCUCAAUAAAGAUACUCUGUUGUCCUCUGUUUGAACAAUA